CGUCCAGGAUUGCCAAGGCGACGGGCCGCCUAACAGCCAGCCCGCGCCGGGCCGGGCCAGAACCUCACUGAGUGGCGGCGGGGCCCGACCAGCGCCUCCACCCGGCCCGGCCCGACGCGGGCGCAGCCAGGCGGGGGAGCUCCGAGACCCACGGGGCGGGGCGGGGCGAUGUGGAGCGGUGGAGGCCCCAGCCGGGCCCGUGACCAUGGGCAUCGCGGAGUCCACGCUGGACGAGCUGCCGUCGGACGCCGAGGAGCAGCUACGCAGCGGCGAACAGCAGCUGGAGCUGAGCGGGCGGCGGCUGCGGAGGCUACCCGGCGCCGUGUGCGCGCUCAGUCGCCUGCAGAAGCUGUACGUGAGCGGCGCGGGACUGCGCGAGCUGCCCGAGGAGAUCGAGGAGCUGCGCGAGCUACGUAUCCUGGCGCUGGACUCUAACAAACUGGAGCGCCUGCCCGACGGGCUGUGCCGCCUGCCGCGCCUCUUACGCCUCUACCUGGGUGGCAACAGGCUGCGCGCGCUGCCCGCCGACUUCGCGCAGUUGCAGAGCCUGCGCUGCCUCUGGAUCGAGAGCAACUUCCUGCGGCGCUUCCCGCGGCCGCUUCUGCGCCUCGUGGCGCUGCAGUCGCUGCAGAUGGGCGACAAUCGGCUGCGCGCGCUGCCUGCCGAGCUCCCGCGAAUGAUCGGCCUGCGCGGGCUCUGGCUCUACGGGAACCGCUUCGAGGAGUUCCCGCCCGCGCUGCUGCGCAUGGGGCGCCUGCACAUCCUCGACCUGGACCGAAACCGCCUGGGCGGCUUCCCCGACUUGCAACCGCUGCGCGCGCUGCGCGUCUUUUCCUACGACCACAACCCGGUCACCGGGCCCCCGCGCGUCGCCGACACGGUCUUCCUUGUGGGCGAGGGCGCCGUCGAGCGCAUGGCUGAGCGCGAUGAGCCAACGCCGAGGCCGCCACCACGCCGCCCCACGCGAGCCUUCGAGGACGACGAGGAGGAGGAGCUGCUGAUCGGGAGUGCAGGCGCCCGGGCCCUGGGGAACCCCGCGUGCGGGCCUUGCACCCUGGAGGCCCUAUCCGGCCUGGAUACCUGAGGCUGGGGUGUGACUGGUGAUUGAGGCCAGCCGCGAGGCAGAGGGGACCGGUAGAGAGGAAUCUUUGGGGUGUGGGGUGGCCAGGCGCCGUCCUCUCCUCCCCCUGGAACCCGGGUCACUGCUCUAGGCAAAAUCAUCCGACUGCCAGGGCGUCUAUGCCUUCCUCAUGGGGCUUGGCUCUCCCAGCCCACACCCUAUCUGGUUCCAGAGUGGCUACCUCUGGGAUGCACUGUGAAGCACUGUGCAGCCCUUCGGCGGAGGGAGGGCUAGGCCCAGGGCAGAGAGUGGGAGAAGCUGCCUGUAAACACCCCCCCCCCCCAACCUGGGCCUCUUGUGCUCCUCCCUCGCAGGAUCUCUGUGGGCACCCUUCCUCCCUUCCGUCUGGACUCUUCUCCCAGCAUGUGCCUGGUAUUUUGCUGGGCAGAGAGCUCCCUCUUCCUUCCCCAUAGCCCGAGCCGGCAACUAUCAAGUUUGAAAAGAAGCCACUGUGCCUGCCUGGCUUCCUGCACCAAAGAGAGGGGCUCCACUCUCCAGAGGCUGCCAGGGACUCUCCCCCUGCCUGCACUCUCCAUUCCCUUAAUGGGCACAGCCGGCCUGGCUAGCACUGGCAGGGCACAGGUCAGGCCCUGUGUGAUGGCCCUCCAUCCCUAGGGCCAGGUCUUUUCGUUUGAGCAAUAAGGGGAGGAAGGGCAGGGCCAGAGGACACUCAGGGAUGCCGUCAGGCCAGGGCCCUCGUUGUGUUUUCUUUAGAAAGAAAGCUGACUGUACUCGUAAAUUAUAUUUCUUGGAGAAAGAAUGUGUGCCUCCCACAUGCCUGUUUUUCAUAAGCUCAGGAGCCCUCGGUGCCCUGCCCGAGUGUCCCAGCCCUCUGCCAGGCUGGCCCUGGCUGACUGUCAUCAUUUCAUUCAUCAGGGGACAGCGUUUCCCACCAGCAGUGGUGGCUUUGGCCCCUGCAGGCUCUGUCCUUAUGUCUGUCUCCGCUUCCCUGCUCUGGGCUGUCCUGUCCCCCGGUUCAACUAUGAAGUCCUGGGUGUUUUUCCAUCUCUCAAGAGCUAGGCUGAGCUUUCUGUGUCCUCUGCGGGCACAGAAAGCCACUGAUCUCUUUGGUGACUGUCUCUCUCUGUACCUGAGCCGUGCCCUCCUCCUCUCUCCCUAGGCUCCUGCUCAGCUCAGCUCAGCUCUACUGUUGCCCCUCCUCCCCCCAGGGGAGACAGCCUUGAGGUCUGUCUCCCAUGAGAAGGUCCUGUUAGUCUCUGUCCCCAUGGCAACAAGCACUGAUGUCACAUGGCCCUGAAAGGUCAGGCUUUGCCCUGGGCUUGGCUGGCAUGCUCUGCUGGAACCUGGAAAGGUGGGGGCUGGGCACAGGUCUGGAGCAGCCUGCUCCUUCCCAAGGAGGAGGGUUGGGCAUGUUGAGGAUCUUCCUGAGACCUGAGUUCCUGAAGCAAGGAAUUGAGGAGGCCCCAGGAUCACUCAGGAUGGGCGUGGGCUAGAACUACCUUCCCAAGCUAUACAAGGACUUGUGGCAGAAGGCAGGUGCCUGGGCCUGGCCCCAAGAGCCACAGGUGAGUGCCUGCUUCCCAGGCAGCAUUUCCCCAUCUGCAUGAAGGAGUAGGGCUACUCAGGGUGAUGCUACAGCUCAGUGUGUGCACCCUAGAGUUCGCCUGCCUUUCUUUCUGCAGGAUUGAAGCUCAGUUUCUUUCCUCCCUCUCCCAGCUCCCUGUGCUUCCUCCCCUGCUACAAGGCCCUGCGCUGGCCUCCCCUGGGUCAGCUGAGGCACUCGACUCUCCCCUUUGGCUCUACCAAGGUUGGCACCCUUGUAAUAUGCUGCUUUCCUUCAGGAAACAGUAGAGGUUGGCAUCUGGGUGCCCAUCAUGCUGCUUGCUAUUAGCCACCAGGAGCCAGCACCUCUGGGAAGUCAUUUGGUUGAAGCAGAUGUUAGUGCCUGGCUGUGGGGACCGGCAAGAGUCCAUGAGACAGGGUGCUGCUCCCUGGUCCAGCAGGUGUCAUGGCUCCCCGGCAGUCCUGGCCCUCCUCCACUUGUGUCCUGUGACUUUUCCUGGGCCUCACAUGAGGGACACUGAUAAUGCCUGUGCUGGUUCCCCAAGGCACAGCCAAAGCUGGACCGGUGCAGGGACUGUGCUCCUCCUGCAGCACUGGGGUAGACAGGCCGUGGUGGAGCUAGAGAGAGAACCCUGAAGGAUUGCUUGUGCCAGGGGCUGGGGUCGGAACAGGAAGGCAGGCUGGGAGCUGGGAGGAGAGCAGGGGGCAGCAGGGACAGCCUGGGCUGUGGCCUCCUGAAUCUUGCAGGGCCCACUCUGGCUCCCAGACCCAUAAGCAGAGUGCAGGACUGAAGCCAGGCUCUGCUCUCUCGAUAGAUUGGAGUCUAUGGACAGGUAGAAUGUGGGGCCCAACACCCAGGUCUCUCCAUUUCCUGCCCUCCUUCUCCUGCAGGGCCUUACCCUGGGGUCCCACCUGGAGCACUUCCCUGGCUUCCCCAAGACACUGGGCGGGCGCUAUGGUUCUGAGGAUGGACAUUUAUUAGCACACACAGGCGUGAGCACAGAACGUAUAUGCAGACAGUCCCUGCCCAGGGGCUCACAAUCUAAACAAGACACGUCACACACACACACACAAGACAGACACAGGGGUGGGAGCAGGGCUGCCUUUACAGUGACAGGAGGUCGGGGCCACAGGCUGGGGGAAACAAUGAGUCAGCCUUGUCCUUCUGGAGUGGGCACUUGUGGGGAAGGGGACCCUGGGACAGUGGCCUGGUAGGGAUGAGGAUGGUGCCUGAGGAAUGGAGGUACAGUGGGGAAGUUCUGCUAGUGGGCUGUAUCUCAAGCACGGUGACAGACACAGCCUGGCAAGCCAGUGGGACCCAAGGUGACUCACCUGACCCCAGCUCCUCCAGACUCUGGCACAGGUCACAGGUCACACUGGUCUCUUUGUCUCAUGUUGGGGAGGGGACCCAGGGCCUCCUGUAUGCUUGGCAAGUGCUCGCCACAGCACUGCACCCCCACAUAAUCCAGGACACUGAGGGCAGCUGCUGGGCCGAUGGAGGGGUGUGGGUCCCUCGUUCCAGAGAGGGCAUGGCCAUUGGGUAGACAUGGGCCCUGGAGGUGCGCCUGUCCCUUGGGAGGUGGGGGCCUGAGCUGCCUGGCCCUGCCUCGGGCUGGAGAGGGCAGGGCAGUUAUUGCUUCUCUAGGGAAGAAAAUGGCGUGCCUGGCUUGUCACAGCCACAGCAGAGCCUGGCCCAGCUUCCUCAACGUGGGCUAGAACCUGCAGGGGCCCCUCUCCUGGGGGAGCAUUUCCUGACCUUGAAGAGGUGAACUAAGAUCAGGGUGGAGAGGGGCUGCAGGCCCUCUGUGGGGACCCAGGCAGAGGCUCCACAGGCAGGUUAGGGGACAAUGGUCUGGCCAGGGAACUGAACUGAAAAGCCGCACUCCAGGCCUGCUGUGUUCUGGGGAAGAGCCAGGCUGCCAGCGACAUCCAGCCCCGGGGCAACAGGCAUGUGCUGGAGACUGGCUGGGGUCCCCAACUGCUCACCCAGCCGCUGCUGCCCAAGGUGGCUGAGCAGGGCCCAGAGAGUAAACAGCCAAUGCCCUGCUUUUCACCAUCCUUUAUUAAUCAGAACAGGCCUUACCCGACAGCAGGGCCCAUUCCCACAAAAAUAGGAUUUUGCAAAGAGGAAAUUCUGCUGGCUUACAGGGUGUAUGUGGUGGAAAACUUCUGUAUGGUUCUUUUUUUCUUUGUUUCUUCAGCUUUUUCUCUUCAUUUCUCUUCACUGCAAAAAUUCUUUCUUUUUUUUUGUAUUAGUGGGUUUUUGUCUUUUUUUUUUUUUUAUAAAA